UUCUAAGUAUAUUCUGUUCUUCUCUUUGACUAUUGAAAAGAAACACAAAUGGGAAGUUUAGAGGAGGACGAAUUAGUACGGAUGGUGCAAGAUUUUGUAGAAUCUGAAUCAACAUCUCCUACAAGUUCUACUUCCUCAAAUUGUCAUGCUUUAAACCAUCGAACCCAAUAUUUUAUUUUGCAGGAUAUUCUAAGGAGUGAGGGUGAUACAGUAGCAGAGGCUAAGGUUGUGAAGUAUGUGUUGAAGCAUAUAAGAGGUAGACAGGGUGGUGAGAAAACAUCAAGUGUUAAUAGAUGGCUUGUUAUGAGGAUGAAAAUCGAUGGCCUUAAUGCUUCUAUAUGCCAAACAUCUUGGGCCACCUCCUUGGGAUGUCCUGCUGGAGAAUAUGAAUAUAUUGAAGUCAUAACUGAAGAUGAGAAUUAUGCUAAUCCUGUGAGGCUUAUAGUAGAUAUAGACUUCAGGUCCCAAUUUGAACUUGCAAGGCCUACACAAUACUACAGAGAAUUAACAGACUCACUCCCAGUUAUCUUUGUUGGGACUGAGAACAAACUGUGCAAGAUAAUCUCACUGCUAUGUUCUGCUGCCAAACAGUCGCUGAGAGAGAAUGGCCUCCACGUACCCCCAUGGAGAACCACUACAUAUAUGCAAUCCAAAUGGCUCUCUGGUUGUCGUAAAGAGCCAAGUAAUGGCAGGGAGAAUUUUAUGGGAGCAAAAGCUGAUUUUCUUGGUGUUGAGCAUGCUGGUAUUGUUGGCAAUUGGGUACCUCCAAUAUUGAAGCCAAAGAAAAGGGAUUUGGGUGGUGAAUCUGGUUUGACUCGAGUCAAUUAUCUAACAUGAGCAUAAAUUGUUGCUAGCUGAUGAGUCUCUCUUCAUUUUGAGGACUACCCAAUUUUGGUCUGUCUUUGGAGUUCUUUUUGUUGAACUCAAAUUAUUAUCAAAAGUAUUUUUGUAUUGUAACGUAUGCAACAAUAAAUUAACAGUCCUCAUCGUGCCCAAAUUUUUAAGUUUUUUGUUAGCAACUGCAGGAUUCCAUUAUUGAAUAAAUGAAAAACCUCCUCCUCCAUUCUAUGUUUCAGAAUUUUAUUU